GGUCUACGUGCUUGUGCGCAGCAUGUAGUUAACUUCUUCCGCCUAGUAGGGGUUUCAGUAUCUGCAAAACAGCUCAAAGGACAUGGCUCAGAAUAUUAUCUAUAGCCCUUGAGGAGGAGCUAAACGUCCUUGACUUUGUUUAAUGGCUAAAAUACUAUUAUUUUGUCUUGCUUGACUGUUUUCCUUUCUGCAUUUUCUCACAUUACGAUUAAAUUUAUCCUUUGACUAAAGUUUUUUUUUACAGACAAAAGGCAGGUGGAGGACAUGAGCGGGGGUUUAUUCUGGGACGGCCUCAUAGGGUCCUGCUCGGUUACAACAUGUGGUGUUUUGCGUCGGAUGUCACAUCCGACUCCAGUACGAACGAUCUCUGCCUGUUUUCCGUCUAGACCAAAAUGGAGGGCCUUCAGAAGGGUGGAGAAGACACCUGCAUCAAAGGUGGAGGAGAAGAGAGCUUAAAUCCAGGAUCAUUUUGGUUAAGGAUCAUCCUGGUGGGUAAAACAGGCAGCGGGAAAAGUGCCACCGGGAACAGCAUCCUGUGCCAGCCAGCGUUUGAGUCCAGGCUGGCGACCCAGUCGGUGACCAGGAAGUGUCGGGGGGCAACGGGCACGUGGAACGGGAGGAGCAUCCUGGUGGUGGACACGCCCCCCAUCUUUGAGGCGAGGGCCCAGGACCAAGAGGUGUACGAGAACAUCGCGGACUGCCACCUGCUCUCGGCCCCGGGGCCUCACGUGCUGCUGCUGGUGACCCAGCUGGGGCGCUUCACAGAGCAGGACGUGGUGGCCGUGACCGGGGUGAAGGAGGUCUUUGGGGCGAGAGCCCUGAGACAUACGGUCCUCCUCUUCACGCACAGGGAGGACUUAGCGGACGGGUCCUUGCAUGACUACGUAGCAAACACAGACAACCUCAGGCUGAGGGGCCUGGUCCGGGAGUGCGGGCAGAGGUACUGCGCCUUCAACAACCGGGCCUCCGGGGACGAACAGAGGCAGCAGCUGGCCGCGCUGGCGGCCGUGGUCGAGGGGCUGCAGAGGGAGCACCGGGGCGCCUACCUCAGCAACGACCUCUUCUUUGAUGCCCAGCGGCUCCAGCAGGGCGGGGGCGACCCCCGUGGAGAAGGUCACGUGCGCUACCUGGCCAGGGUGCGGUCGCACGUGGCAAAGCAAAGGCGAGACCUGAGAGAGGCCCAGAGGAACCGUGUCUUCAAGGCGCUCCUCCAAGUCAAAACCUGGGUCGUGGUGCAUUAUGAGCUCUGUGUUUGUCUUGUUUGGUGCAGCUUACUUUUUCUUCUUAUUCUGCUGAUCAUCUGGUAUCAUCUUUAAUUCUCUGUCUCAUCUGUUUGUCAGAGCCUUUUCUAAAGUAUCACUUCAAGGAUUCAUUGUUCGUUUCAGAAACAAAUUCUGUUGGUCGGCAGAGGACAUGGUUUGUCAUCCCUGCGGCUCCCAUCUUCCUUGUAGAUUUCUGGCUUGGUUCACGCCUUCACCAGUCCCUCGGUGAAGCCACGUGCCUCAGAAGAUGACAGUGGCUCAGUUCGAGGCAUGCCUGGCUGGUCUAUAUACAAUCUCAUUUCCUUUGUAGUGAGCAGCUCAGGCAUCGGCCUGAGACCCAAUUCAGGCCAAUGGGAAGGGAGAAAAAGUCUGCAGAGGUGGGGCCAGAAGGUUUCUCCUGGCCCAGGAGAGACCCCCCAUAGAGAGACAGUCUCUUCCUCCUCUGAGCAUUGUGGGACCGGAGUGUAAUGCUCGGAAUGACAGCAGCCGUGUGGCUACCGACCCGAGGAUGAAGCCGUGCCGAAUGAUGGAGUCGACCCGAGCCACCCACUCAACCGCCCUGAAGCUUGCACUAUCUCUGGACUUCCAGUAUGUCAGCCAA